CGGGACACUUAACUUUUCUCUGAAAAGUCCUAGCGGGCUUGAAACACGUUUAAUUCAGAGCCCGGUUCUAGUCUGAAGCCUCGAGCGUCGCGGGGUGUGUGAAAACUUGCCCUUGGUUUAGGCUCAUCCUCUGAAGAACUGAGAACCAUGACAACUCUACAGCCUCCCAGGACGCGUCGCGGGCCGAGGACUGCCCUCUGCGGCCGCGGGCAGGUCCUGCUGAUGCAGUGCAGGCGUCGCUCAAGGGGAAAGGUUGCCGCGCGGUCGCAAGAGGCGGGAGGAGUCUGGCGGUGAUUGAUGGGGAAGGGACGAAUGAAUAAAGGUACUUGUCUAGGGACAGCAAGGAUCCCGAGCAAGCUGCGGAGGCUACACGGUCAGGCAUUCCCUCAGCGUUUCGUCAGAGCCAGAUCCGCCCGCAGCUGAAGGGAGGCGCGCUCUGCUCCAGGGUAGCCUGGAACCCAGCUGCGAGCCAAGUGCGUCCCGGGAAGGAGGUCCCCGCUGGUCCCUCUGCGCCUGGCGCGUCCGGUCCGCGAGACUGAAAGCUGAAGAGUGGCCACCCGACUCCCCCUGGAGCAGGCAGCAGCAUGCAGCCGCUGCCCAGCCUGUGCGGACGCGCCCUGCUGGCGCUGAUCCUUGCCUGCGGCGUGGUGGGGGUCCAGGCUGAAGAGAGGGGAUUCCCGCCGGCCGGGGCCACUCCGCCACUUCUGGGGGCCGGAGAGAUAAUGGCGCCCCCAACUAAGACCUCCUGGCCCAGGGGCUCCAACGCCAGCGUGCAGCGGUCGUCCGCAUCUCCGCAGAUGCCGAAAGGAGCGAGAAUGGCGGGAACCCCACCGCGCACCCUUCCCCCGCCCCCGUGCGAAAGACCCAUCGAGAUCAAGGAGACUUUCAAGUACAUCAACACGGUGGUGUCCUGCCUAGUGUUCGUGCUGGGCAUCAUCGGAAACUCCACACUGCUGAGAAUCAUUUACAAGAACAAGUGCAUGCGAAACGGCCCUAAUAUCUUGAUAGCCAGCCUGGCCCUGGGAGACCUGCUGCACAUCGUCAUUGAUAUCCCCAUCAAUGUCUACAAGCUACUUGCCGAGGACUGGCCCUUUGGAGUUGAGAUGUGUAAGCUGGUGCCUUUCAUACAGAAGGCCUCUGUGGGAAUCACUGUGCUGAGUCUAUGUGCUCUAAGUAUUGACAGAUAUCGAGCUGUUGCUUCUUGGAGUCGAAUUAAAGGAAUCGGGGUUCCAAAAUGGACAGCAGUAGAAAUUGUUUUAAUUUGGGUGGUCUCCGUGGUCCUGGCUGUCCCUGAAGCCGUGGGUUUUGAUAUGAUUACCACUGACUACAAAGGCAGUUAUCUGAGAAUCUGUUUGCUCCAUCCCACUCAGAAAACAGCCUUCAUGCAGUUUUACAAGACAGCUAAAGAUUGGUGGCUAUUCAGUUUCUAUUUCUGCUUGCCAUUGGCCAUCACUGCAUUGUUUUAUACCCUGAUGACCUGUGAAAUGUUGAGAAAGAAGAGUGGCAUGCAAAUUGCUUUAAAUGAUCACUUAAAGCAGAGACGGGAAGUGGCCAAAACAGUAUUUUGCCUGGUCCUUGUCUUUGCCCUGUGUUGGCUUCCUCUUCACCUCAGCAGGAUUUUGAAGCGCACUCUUUAUGAUCGGAAUGAUCCCAAUAGAUGUGAACUAUUGAGCUUUUUGUUGGUAUUGGACUACAUUGGCAUCAACAUGGCCUCCCUGAAUUCCUGUAUUAACCCAAUAGCUCUGUAUUUGGUGAGCAAAAGAUUCAAAAACUGCUUUAAGUCAUGCUUAUGCUGCUGGUGCCAGUCAUUUGAAGAAAAGCAGUCCUUGGAGGAAAAGCAGUCGUGCUUAAAGUUCAAAGCUAAUGAUCACGGAUAUGACAACUUCCGUUCCAGUAAUAAAUACAGCUCAUCUUGAAAGAAGGAAUAUUCAUUUUCUUUACUUUGGACAGAAAUCAUUAAAACAAUGAGGCAUCCGCCAAACAAAACAAAACAACUGUGUGUUUGCACAAAACGAUGUAAAAAUGUAAGAGUGAUUAUUUUCUUAACACUCAGAGUUACUCAUGACAUUUUAUGAGCUGUUUACAGCAUGAGAAGAAAAGCGAUGAGAAUUAAGAAAGCCUCAUUGUGAAAGCACUUAAUCCUUUACAGUCAGCACUUCAAUGUGGCUCUUCCGAACUUCUGGUAUAUUCAUACACCACUUACGUUUAAAUUGAGCUCACUCAGAAUUCCUAUUAAAGAUGCUUAUUUUUUAUAUUAAGGUGAAUCGGAUGCAAAGGAUAAAUGUGUUGCUGCGAAACAGAAUUUUUAAAUGAAAUUUAAAUUGCUCAAUUUAAAAUUUUAAAAAUCUUUUAAAGGACCUUUUCUAUUAAUAGUCUCACACCAUUGGUUGGACUGUAAUUGGAGACAAAAUAUGAAAGCAGUUGAGCUGGUGUAUUUUUUUGAUGUUAGAGACAUAUUUAAAUGAUCAGGAGGGAGUAUCAGAGAGAUUGAGGUUUUUGAAAAUAUUCAACUUUACAUUCAGAUGAGAUCAAAUGUCACAAAGGGACACAGAGAGAAGGUUUGGAAUGCCAUCCCAAAACACUGCUUUGAAAUCUCCUAUUCGUGUACUCUGCAAAGAAAAUACUACCUACAGUUUUUUUGAGGAUUAUUAAAACAUUCUUCUUCUUUCACUAUUGUAGUUUAAAUGCUAUUUGUUUAGUUUUGUCAUCUGUAAAUACUUAGCUACAAUACACAACGUGUAGAUGAUUAAACGAAGGGCAGGCCCCAGUGUUCAUACCUUUACAAUGGAGAGAUGCCAGGAACCCCAUAAUGGACAGAAUGUGAGUUGCCUGGAGCAGUGUCCACAUGGCAAAGGAGAAAGCAGCAUCUUCUCUCACCCCUGCUGCAGUUAAGAUCGUCUCUGGCAAUGUAUCAUACGAUAGUUAAAACACUAUUUUUAAGAUCAUAGAUAUUAGAGUCAAUGUAACAGUUACCUGUAAAGCUUAUUACUAAUUUUUAUAUUAUUUGUGUAAAUAACUAAUAGAAAAGAAUUCUGGAUGUGGUGCUUUCCUACCACUUACAGGCAAAACUGCUUUUUGAGACUGUUAAGAACCUCUUACUUUGUGCAUUCUUGCCUAAUUCUUUCAUCUCCCCAGCAAAGUGCCUCAGGUUAACUUGGAUGAGAUGUGUGUGAAAGUAUGUACAAGAGAAAACGGAAGACAGAGGAAAUGAGAUGGGGCGGGAGGAAACCCAUGGGGACAGAUUCCGUUUCUUAGCCUGAUGUUCGUCACUGCCCGUCAUAUCAAUGCAAAAGGUCCUGAUUCUGUUCCAGCAAAACAGUGCAAUGUUCUCACAGUGGCUUCAGGAACAAAUUGGGCCCAAGAGCUUUAACUCUGUCUUAAAAUAUAACAGAGUUUCUACCCUUGUUUUUUGUUUUUUUGUGUGUGUGUGGGGGUUUUUUUUUUUUUUUUUUUUUGGUAACCCAGGGCCACAGCCACAUGUUGAGAAUAAGCGAGCAAUGUUGUUUUCUGCCAGCAUCUAACGUGAUGCUACCAAAACCCCAAUAAUGGGACCAGAAUGAAAGGACAGUAAUUAAUUCACAAGCCACAUGGAAUCUAUUUACAAAUCCCAGGCUUAUUUAUUAAUUUCUUCCCAAUCACUUUUUCAGAUGCUUGUCAUCACGAAAGACAUUUCAAACUUCGGAUUUUAAAUUAACUUUGGGUUACUACUGUUUUCAGUUUGUUAAUAUAUUUUUUACUCCUAUUUAAAUUUGAGCUCAUUUUAUUACCAUUCAUUUUGUUUCCCAUCUGCAUCAUAAUGCCCUUUCCUUCUCCCUGUCAGAGUUGUGGUCUGUGAUCAUCUUGCCAAAUUUUAAACUGCACACAAAUAGUAUACACAUGCAUUAUUUAUAAUGAAAUUGUGUUCAGUAGCUUUUCUAAAAAUGUUUGAUUCAAAAUUUUAACAUACUGACAAAGGUUGGUAAGAAACAAGCAUGAUUUCUUAGCAUAAAUAAAAUCAAUAUGGGAAAAGGUGCUACUGUUUAACUUUAAAAUAUAUUUUCUAGUAUUAAGGACUGUAUAAUAUAACAACGGACAAAAAUGAUGUUAACAUGGAUGUAAAACUUAAAAGAUUUAUAAGCGAUUUUAGACUGUUUUCUCCUUUAUAUUUGCUAACAUGGGUGCGUGUUAGUAUUGACAGCUUACAACAUAUGGCCAAAGGAAUACAGUUUAUAACAAAGCAUGGGUAUGCUGUAGCUAACUUUAUAAAAUUGUAACAUAACCAUGUAAAAUAAUUAUAUAUUUUGUUUUUCUGAGGUCACUUAAAGUGGCAACUAAUGUAGUUGCUAAUUCUAUGUUAUGUAAACAAAAUCAAUAAAAAUUUAAAUUGCUUUAAAAAAA